AACUUUGUGUGAUACUCAUAGCUGAAAAAAUAUUUACAAACACUCUAUACCCGGUAUCAUCAAAAGUAUAUACCAUUACAAAAACUUCUUCAAAUGCACAUCACUAAAACCUCUAAGCAAGUGAGGAACAAUGUAUUUAUUUUUAUUUUUAAACACCUUGAUAGCGAUUAGUGCAUUAGAUGAAUCGCGAGUUUACAGCGGCAACGAUAUAAGUCCAACUGACCAGGGGUAUCUAGUGGUUUUGUUUAUAGCGACCGGAAAAGAUGACCCUGUAAGGAAAUGCAGCGGCUCUAUGAUAAGUUCAAAUUGGAUAAUUACCGCCGCACAUUGCUUGCCAGCUGAAAAACCGAUAAAACUGAUCUUAGUACGACAACAGAAUAAAAAAGUUCAAAGAACACUAGGGAGAGUGAAGCCAAUCAAUGAUCAUAAACAUCCAACAUAUAUUCAAGGUAAUAAUUCAAUAGCAAAUAGUGGAUAUGACAUUGCUUUAUUGAAGACUUCAAAACCACUAGUAUUUGAUGACUACGCUAAGGCGAUUGACCCAGCAAGAGUUUCGCCAAGGAACAAUCAAUGGGCAAUAAUUGCUGGAUACGGACAGAACGAGCUCGGAAAGUCCUUCCCGCGACAAAGUGCAGUUAAAGUUUCGAAAUGUUUUUUCGACAAUUCUGGACGUUUGCUGUGCUCAAACAGUAAGGUAAAGAGUGGACACGGUGACUCCGGAAGAGCACUUACGUUAAAUGGCAAGCUUAUAGGCGUUGUAUCUGGAGUGGCAAAAUAUAACUGCGAAGAAACAAACCCAAAUUUAUCAUGUAUAACAAUUUAUGCAAAUGUAGCUGCUCAUUAUAUGUGGAUAAAGAACGUCACGGGAUUUAAAAAAUAAGUUUUCAUAUCACCUAUUCGGAAAAGGGCUUUUCCUUCCCUGCUAGGGGGGACCAAAGUAGCACCUUUCUUCUCUGCUAUCGGCACUGUCUGUUCUGGUAUAAGAUAUUAACUCAAUUACAAA